UACACAAAAGAGUGAGGCAACUCACAAAACUAAAGUGAGAUCCUUUUUUUUCCCCAAUUUUUGUCUUUUCCUUUCCACACCCCUUUCAUUUUCUUCUCCCUUUCUUCCAUUCCUCAAACAAAUCAUGCAAUUCACACAUCAUGAGUUGGUAGUAAUAGCAAUACUAAUGUCACUCAAAUCAGAAAGAUAUCAAAAAAUUUAAGUUUUUAUAUUUAUUUUUUCUUUGUUUGGUAAAGUAUGUUAACAGCUAUAGAUAUAUACAAUGAAGAACUGAUGAAAGCACUAGAGCCUUUUAUGAAAACUGGCUCUUCUUCAUUAGUCUCUGAACAACAAUCACACAAUUUGAAUCCCAAUUACCAAACCCAAAGAAGCUCUAUUGGUCUCAACCAACUCACUCCAUCACAAAUCCUUCAAAUCCAAACCCAAUUCCAAAUCACCCAACAACAACAACAACAAAAAAGUACUCUCACUCUCACACAAAAGCCCGUUCCCAUGAAGCACUUUGGAACUCCCUCAAAACCGACGAAACUCUAUCGUGGAGUUAGACAGCGUCAUUGGGGAAAAUGGGUAGCUGAAAUAAGACUCCCAAAGAACCGUACUCGUCUUUGGCUUGGAACCUUCGAUACUGCAGAGGAAGCAGCUUUUGCUUAUGAUAACGCAGCUUAUAAGCUUAGAGGCGAAUUCGCACGCCUCAAUUUUCCAAACAUGUGCCACUAUGGAAACUACAAUCCUCUCGCUUCCUCGGUUGAUUCUAAGCUUCAAGCUAUUUGUGAAUCCUUAGCGGUUUCUCAGAAACAAGGGAAUAUUGAAAAGCCAUGCAUCUCUGUUGAAGAUGUAAAGCCGGUUGUUUUUGUUCCUGAACAACAACCGAAGUAUGAAUUGGUUUUUCACGAGUUUGAGGAUUUUAAGGUUGAGAAUGAGAAGGCGGUGUUGUUGUCUAUGUCUGAUGAAUGUUCGCCUGGUUUGUCUUCUCCGGAGUCAGGUGUUAGUUUCUUGGAUUUUUCGGAUUCUUGUCGGUGGGAUGAAGUGGAGAAUUUUGGGUUGAAGAAGUACCCUUCUGUUGAAAUUGAUUGGGAAGCAUUAUGAGUCUGAGAAGUGAUUUAGGAAGUAUAUGUUUUUUGAGUUUACUAUGUUUCUGUAUUUUGUAAUUUAAGGAUAUGGUCCGGUGUCUUCGACGGCGUCUGCAAUGAAGUUUUUGACAUUUGCAGGUGUUUUUGUUGAGAUAGCUUGGAGGUUUUAGGGUUCUAAAUUAGAGUCAUCUUAAUGGUUUACUAUUAUGGUCUAAGGUCUUCUCGGUCUGCUGGAGUUUUUUUGUUCCUUGCAUGAUCAUAGGAGCUUCAAAUUGUGUCUUGGUUACUUUCUUCUUGUAAUUUUUAAGCGUAAGCUAUUGUCUCUGUCUAAAUAAAUACUAGAUUUAAAUAUACUUUUUUUUAUCUCUUCAA